CGCCGCACGAUUGUCGAUUGUCGCCAUUGUACCGGGAGUCGCGCGCGGUGGUUGUCUGAUUCGCACGCGAUAAUAUCGAUAAAACGCUAAUCGAUCGGUAACCGAUUCGGAUUAUGCGAGAUUAGCUGAAGUUUUUGUUUUUUUAAUUAAACAGUGUUUGGUUUUCGUGCAGUGCGGCAGACUGUUGGGUGUUUUAAUCGGUGCGUAAAAGCGUCAACGUGGAGCUGGACUUACAUCAACGUGCCAGCGGGCACUUUAUGAGUGCCGCUGGUGCGAUGUGCGACCGAGCCAGCUUCGGCGGCUCCAUGGGCUUCCCCAUGAGCAUGUCCAUGGGUUCCAUCGGUUCCAUGCCCAUGAUUGGGCAGAAGAAGUCCCCAGAGGAACACAUCAAGAGGCCCAUGAAUGCGUUCAUGGUGUGGAGCAGACUGCAGCGGCGGAAGAUAGCCCAGGACAACCCUAAGAUGCACAAUUCUGAGAUCUCUAAGAGAUUAGGGGCGGAAUGGAAACUUCUCUCCGAAGACUCGAAGCGGCCGUUCAUUGACGAAGCGAAGCGUCUCCGAGCCAUGCACAUGAAGGAACAUCCGGACUACAAGUACAGACCGCGACGGAAACCGAAGACCUUAAGGAAGGAGGGCUAUCCGUACUCCAUACCGUAUCCCAGCGUGCCUAUGGACGCGUUAAGAGCUGGCAUGGGCGGCGGCAUGGGCCAGAUGGGCGGCUACUACGGCGCGGCGUACGGCCCGCUGGGAGCCAGUAUGGCGGCGGCGGCGGCAGCAGCCGCGCAGCAAAACGCCAUUUCUGCUGCGCUCACGCCUAACGCACAGGUGGGUUCCACAAUGGACAUGUCCAAGUACUCCAUCGAGGCUGAGAAAUACCGGAGCUACGGCAUGUACCCCGACCCUUCCCGGGGCUACCUUGACUCCGCCGCGCUCUCCAAGGCCUACAUGUACAUGGACCAGCAGCAGCAACGGUCUUAUCCCAUGGACAUCAGUAAGAUGUACUCCGAAGCGUCCGCGGCAGCCAUGGCCGGCUUAAACUCAGUGGCGCCAGCGCCGUCGAGCUUAUCCCCACGUUCCCCAGCAGAAUCUCCCGACACAGCCGUCAAGGGGCAUGACCGUACUGAAGGCAGCUCAUCCUCAGGAUCAAAUCCAUCCCCAUCACUCCCGUACUACCAAGGCUCCCCAGGAAUCCUUAUGCCACAAUACCCAGCUCAGUACACACAGGCUAGCCAAGGCGGCGAGUUCCGACGGCCGCUAACAGUUAUAUUCUGACCUGAUACGUAAGCGCGUUCGUUAAAAGUUGCGCGAGCGGUUUAUUUAUUAAGCCCGUUUUUGUUUAAGUUUGGCAGUGUUGCAGUUUUGUGUUGGUUCCUUUGCGGGUAAAGCGGACAGUAUUUUUUAACAUUAGUGUCCUUUACAUCGAGGCGUAAGCACCAAUGUAGACAAUGGGUACACUUACCCAUAGGUAUUAUAAAAUAGUUGAUUAUCUUAACAGAAAUAUGUCCGUAUUUGCCCCGCGUUAUUGCCCAGUCGCGCAUCCUUUUGUUUUCCUAUUUUUCACGAUUUCGUGUUUUCCAAAGUUCCUUUUUCGGUUUACUCUUGUAGUAUUAGAAAUUAUAGUGUGACUUAGAUUCGUGUAUAUUGUAAAUAUUGAAGUUUCUAGUGCGUAAGUAAAUGUAAAGUAUUGGUAGAUAUUUUAUAGUCCAAUGUUAAUGUAUCUUUCAAGCCUCGUGGCUUUCGUAUUUGUCGUCAGUUUUAUUAUCAAAGUUCAAACCGGUAUAUUUUGGUUGGUGAGACAUUGUCAACAAUAAUUUAAAUAAGGUUAGGCGGGCUAAAUACACGUACAUCUAUGCUGCCAAUUUAUCCUAUUAUAGAUAUAUUUCGUCUCUCAAUUAUUAUUGAUAAUAAUUACCAUACAGACUUGAGUACUUAUAUGUACAUGUUUCUUCACCAAUUACACAGUUCUUUUUGAUUUAUAUAAAAGUUGCAAACAAAAUUACAAAAGUACACAACAAUAUGUCCAAUUUCACUCACAACGAUUCUAUAUGUUAACUAAAUGUAAAUAAAAUACUUGAACAAUAAGGUUAAUUUGUAUAUAAUAAAGGAUUAAGCUAACUUAAAUCAAUAGUUUCGUCAUUAGAUCUAGGUAAGAUUAAGGCCUUAGAAGCAAUUGUUUUCGUUCAUCUGCGGUUGAAAAAACGCAUGCACAAAACGCAGCGGUUUUAGUGUCAGUGGCCAUGCCCUAACCAUGCAUUUAUAUGUUGCCAUACCUUUUAUAUCUCAAUCAUAAUUUAUUUCUGUAUAUUAAUGUUAGAAGUACAUUUUUUUUUUCUUCGAAGAACGGACUUUAUAUUUUUAUUUAUUUAAGCCAUUUAAGGUAAGGGUAACUUACCUUAUUCAAAACAAAUUUUGUUCAAGAUACAACAAACACAUUGUGAUGAUUUUGGUACCACCUACCUAUUGCUUUUUGACACAUCCUUAAAUACAAAUCAUUGCUUAGUGUUUAUAAUCAUAUUGAUGAUUCAAUUUGUGUUUUGUUUUGUUUUACUAUUCAAUCAUUUUGUUCUGUUAAUAUCAAUAACAUAUCCAUGUGCACUGAUUGAAAUAAAAUCAAAACAAUCCAUUUAUCGAUUUCCUUCGUUUGCUCAAUUUUUUUAAACUUGGCUGAUUUUGCAAAGGCAUUGUAUAUUAAAGUCGAAUGUAUAGAUGA